CACAUCCAGAAAAUCUUAAUUUUUCAGUUAAAAUCAUUUUAUGAAAUAUUAAAAUUUCUUUUGAGGGGAAUUUGAGGGAAUCGUUUUUCCCCUUUUCCCCCCUUAGCUGUAAGCUAUAAUCAUUGAAAUUCUAAAAACAAAAUAUAUAUUUUAAUGUUUUGAUCAAACUACUGCACUUAAGUUUUACCAUUAUCCUGCAAUAGCAAACUUUUAUUUCAAUGAUGUUUACAGUAUGUAUUUUUAAACGUGACUGCAUCACACCUUAUAAAUCAUACUUCAUAAAUCUCACAAACGUGUUCAUACAUCUCACUAGCUGAAUCUCAUGCUGCAGUGUAUGACACCAAAGACAACUUUGGAGGGCCUUGAGCGCAAGGGGGUGGGGAGGACUAUUUAAACCAGCCUCCAGCUCUUGAACCUCCUGCUUUUGACAAAGCAGAGAGCAGUUGUAGGAAUGACCAGGUGGAAUUUGUGGCACGGCUCCUCUGCCUUCCCUGCGAGCUAUCUGGACAAACUGAUGGCAGCGGGCGUCUGCAGAAGCAGCAGCAGCAUGCCGAUGGUUAGACAGGCGUUCGCUGAGAACAGCAGCAUCAUCAAACCUUACAGCGAGAUUCCUGGGCUGUGGAAGAAUGGCAUUGCCAACCUGUACAAUUUCUGGAAGCUGGAUGGCUUCAAAAACCUUCACCGAAUCAUGCUCCAGAAUUUCAAUACUUUUGGACCCAUUUACAGAGAAAAAGUAGGAUAUUAUGAAAGUGUGAAUAUCAUCAACCCAGAGGAUGCUGCCAUCUUGUUCAAAGCAGAAGGUUCUUAUCCCAAAAGACUGAAAGUGGAAGCCUGGACCUCAUACAGAGACUACAGAAAUCGUAAAUAUGGAGUUUUGCUGAAGAACGGACCAGAGUGGAGGUCAAACCGCGUCAUCCUCAAUAAGGAGGUGAUCUCCCCGAAGAUGCUGGGCAAAUUUGUUCCUUUACUGGACGAAGUGGGUCAUGACUUUGUGGCCAGGGUUCACAAGAAGAUAGAACGAAGCGGACAGAACAAGUGGACGACAGAUCUCUCCCAAGAGCUCUUCAAAUAUGCGCUAGAGUCGGUGAGUGCAGUUCUUUAUGGGGAGCGUCUGGGCCUGAUGCUGGACUACAUUGAUCCGGAGGUUCAACACUUCAUUGACUCCAUCACCCUCAUGUUCAAGACAACCUCACCCAUGUUGUACAUACCUCCGGCUCUACUCAGGCCGAUCCGAGCCAAAGUGUGGCUGGACCACGUGGAUGCUUGGGAUGGAAUCUUUAACCAAGCUGACCGCUGUAUCCAGAACAUCUACAGGCAGUUACGCCAAGAGAAUGGUCAUACCAAAAAAUAUCCAGGAGUUCUGGCCAGCCUGCUCAUGCUGGACAAGUUGUCUAUUGAAGACAUCAAGGCCAGUGUCACUGAGCUAAUGGCUGGGGGAGUUGAUACUACAUCUAUCACAUUGCUGUGGACAUUAUAUGAACUGGCCAGACAUCCAAGCCUUCAGGAGGAGUUGAGGGCAGAGGUGGUGUCUGCCAGGCAACAAAGCCAAGGGGACAUGGUGGAAAUGCUGAAGAAGAUUCCUUUGGUCAAAGGAGCUAUAAAGGAAACACUAAGGUUACAUCCAGUUGCAGUGAGCUUGCAAAGAUACACAGCAGAGGACAUCAUUAUUCAGAAAUACCACAUUCCAGAGGGGACCCUGGUGCAGUUAGGUCUCUAUGCAAUGGGGAGAAACCCCAAGGUGUUUUAUCGUCCAGAGCAAUAUCAACCCUCUCGCUGGCUCAGGACUGAGAGCCACUACUUCCGCAGCUUGAGCUUCGGCUUUGGCCCGCGCCAAUGUAUCGGACGCAGAAUAGCUGAGGCCGAGAUGCAGAUCUUUCUCAUCCAUAUGCUUGAGAACUUCCGAGUGGAGGGACAGCGACACGUGAAUGUGCAGAGCACCUUUGAGCUCAUACUCUUACCAGACAAGCCCAUAAUAUUAACUCUGAAGCCCCUGCACAGUAGUCGAUUACAUGGUGUCUCACAAAACUUGAAGGAGGAGCCAAAUUUUUCCAUAUAUAGCACUCCUAAUAUCUAAAACACAUUACCUCAGGUAUUGCUUAACAAGUGGCCAAUGUGAUUCGUGGCAAACUAUGGAUAGGACAUGCCUGUGUACAAUACACUCUGUGAAUUAGAAUAAAUUAAUAACUUAAUUUUAUGUGUGUAUUGCACUCAU